UGUGUGGUUAUCUAGGUUUUUGUGUCUCUAUGAUCUCUGCCAAAAAGCGGUUCUGUUUAUAACCUAAAAUUUUAAAUUAAUUAAAAAACUGAUAAAACGUUGUUUAUUCAUAGUUUAUAGAAAGCAAAUUGGUUUUAUACAUAGAAAUAUUCUUAAAAAGAUAUUAUAAAAGAGUGGUAUUCAGUAUUCGUAUUUUUUGUUUUUACUUUAGAUGUUUCAUACUGUGAGUAAAGAUCUAAAGUAGAUAUUUUCCUACAUUAAAAUUAAACAUGCACAAAAAUAUAUAUAAUACAAUUUUCUGCCAAACCUUCAGUCCCUGUGGCAACUUAUUAACAGCAGGAGACAUUUAUGGUUCAAUACAUGUAUUUUUUUUGAACAAAAUCCUAAAUUCAGAUAACAAUUUAAACAAAGAAGAACUAUUACCAAAAUUUAAAAUAUCUGUAAAAGAAGAUUAUCCAAUUAAUGCUCUUCUUACUACACAUGAUCAUUUAAUUGUUGGUACAGUUGGUGAAAUUGUUGCUUUUACCUGGAGGAAUGUUAAAACAAACAAAAAUAUUCGUGAUUGGAGUAUAGAAUUACCAGAAAAUAAAGAUGGUUUCAAUAAAACUGAUGUUAACUGUUUGAUAUAUCAUGAAGAAAACAGACAUCUUUAUGUGGGAUGUGGUGAUAAUGCAGUUUAUGUGUAUGAUAUUGAAACAAGAGAUUUAUUAAAAACACUAGACAAACACAAAGAUUACAUUCACAGCAUAUGUCUUAUAAAUAAUGAAUUGAUAUCAGGAGGGGAAGAUGGGGUUGUCAACAUUUGGGAUAUAAGAACCAAUCAGGUGGUAAAUAAAAUUACCCCCAGUUUAGAGAAUAAAAUUUCUAGGCCAAAUUUAGGAAAAUGGAUUGGAGCAGUCAGUGCAAAUGAUGACUAUAUUCUCUGUGGAGGAGGUCCUAGACUGGCUCUGUGGCACUUUCGCUUUUUAUCUCACUCUACAAUAUUUCCAAUUGAUGACAAUGGCAUUCAUAUUGCUGAAAUUUAUGACGAAAAAAUUCUAGCUGGGGGGAGAAGUAAACUUUUUUAUCAAAUGAAUUUUGUGGGUGACAUUGUCUCAGAAAUUCCUACUUCAGCUGGUACUACUUAUAGUGCCAUACAUCAUAGUGAGCCCAACAAUGUGUUGUGUAUUGCAGGCUCAAGUCCUAAAAUAGAUAUUUGUAAUAAUUUCAUGUACAAAAAUCAACAAUUGUCUUUGUGUUGAAUUUGAUAAUUUUUACAGAAAUAAAAUGUUUUUUUUUU